UAAAUGUAAACCAGUUUUGUGUCUAUAAAAAUAAACGAAAUAUAAAUUGUGUUUCACCCUGUAUUUGAAAGGACGGUUUCUACGAAUAUUGACUAUAAAUAAAUAUUUUAUUUGUUCAAAUUGGUUCGGAUUUAGAUAUUUAUCUGCAUUCUUUAAGAAUGGCACGCAGGGCAAAUCCAUAUUUUUCAAGUGAAAAGGAUGGACAUAAAGACUGGUCAGUACAAACAAGUAGAGCACGUUAUGUUGAUGGUAUGGUGCUAAGUGGUGUUGGAGAUGCACUUGGAUUUAAAAAUGGUGAAUGGGAAAUGUGCAAUUCCGGAGCGCAGAUCCACAGAGAAUUACAAGUGUUAGGAGGACUUAGUAACAUAAGUAUAAAAAACUGGAAAGUAAGUGAUGACACUGUUAUGCAUCUAGCUACGGCUGAAUCUCUCAUACAAAACAAUUUUUGUCAAGAUAAAGAAAAUCUUUAUUCAUUAUUAGCUCAAGCCUACAAAAACUGCAUGUCUGAUAUGAAAGAGAGAUCGGCUGGUUUAACAUGUAUUGAAAUGUGCAGACGCCUUGAUCCGUUUAGAACACAUGGCUAUCGCAUUCCAUACAAUUCGACUGGCGGUGGGUGUGGCGCUGCAAUGAGAUCGAUGUGUAUUGGGUUGAGGUAUCCAAGACCACGAGAUUUGCAUGAUCUAAUAGAGGUUAGCAUAGAAUCUGCAAGAAUGACACACCACCAUCCUACUGGAUAUCUUGGAGCGUUAGCUUCUGCUCUUUUUGCAUCUUAUGCAGUACAGAAAAGAAAACCUUGCACAUGGGGGAUAGGCUUACUGGAAACCAUAAGACUUGCCCAAAACUAUGUGAAAAACAAAGGUUUAUUUGUUGCUGAAAAUAUGAAAGACUGGGGUUAUUUUGAAAACAAGUGGGAACAAUUUUUAGAUAUAAGAAACAUACAAGAUGGAAGACGAGAGCCAAGUUAUCCAUUAGAUUUUGAUGACGUGAGAAAGAGAGAUCAAUUCUAUAAAAUGAUGAGUUAUGAAAAUAUCGGAGGAGCCAGUGGCCACGAUGCACCAAUGAUUGCAUACGAUGCUUUGCUUGCUUGUAACGGAAACUGGGAGGAGCUUUGUAAAAGAGCAAUGUUCCACGGUGGAGACAGCGACAGCACUGGCGUGAUUGCAGGAUUUCUAUUUGGGGUUUUGUACGGUAUGGAAGGAGUUCCAAAAAGGAACUUUCAACACUUAGAGUAUCGUGAAAGAUUAGAAAGAGCUGGAGAGGACUUGUACAACAUUGUGUUUUGCCCUUGACUUGUCAAUAACUAUCGGAUAACAAUUUGACUUACGUUUUAAGUUCAAAUUGUUGAUCAUAAAAUGCCCAGAAAAUCCCAUUUUCUGCUGUCAUAUUGAAUUGAAUUAAUUAUAUAUUUCAAAAGAUUGGUUAGUAUAACGGUGAUUAAACAAUUAUUUGUAUUGAAAUAUGUUGAACGUAAAAUAUAAAAACUGUCUAAAAUAUUUCAGCUGUCUAUCUUUUUUUAUAAACCAUACGUUACCUAUAAAAACAAAGAGAUGUUAUGUAAGCAUGUGUAAUUUAUAAUUUAUACUUAGCUAGACAUAAUGCCAGUUUAAAUAAACAUUGAACUUUUA